AAUCACCACUGGGUUUUUAAUUUUUUGCUAAACCAAAAACAACUGAAUUUUGUUUUAAAAAAUAAUUUUUUCUUUGUUUUUGUUAUAAAGUUUUGUAAAUAAGUGAUUUUUCUCCUUCACUGAUGUGCGCUAAUGAGGCUUCAGUGAUGGGCACUGAUGAGGAGGCACUGAUGGGCACUGAUAUGUGGCAUUGAUAUGCACUAGGAGGCACUGAUAAGUGGCAUUGAUGUGGCACUGAUGGGCA